CAGCCCUGUCGCUGCCAGCUGAUUUUUGUUGUGCACAACUAUUUAACAAACAAAUCGCAUUGAUUAAACUAUGGAGAUUUGUGGCCUUGUACGCGGCUCCUGUGAGCGAUAUUGUCCCGAUGCCGAGGCUAAAAUGCGCAUACAAAAAAAACUGCUCAAUUACUUCGAGUACAAAGACGGCCAGAAGCAAGUGCCCGGUGUAUUAGUCAAGGAGUUUACCCGCUCAGCCGCUGAUGCCAAGGUGCCCAAGGCAAAGGACAUGCGCACUGAGCUCUGUCUGAACAAAACUGUUGAAUAUUUGCUCAAAGAUAUUCUGCUAGAUGAGCGCAAACCUUUUAAUUGGGUUUAUGAUUUCGUAUUCGAUCGUUUACGAAUGGUGCGACGCGAGAUUGUCAUACAGCAGUUUGAUCCAAAACAGACGAUCAAGCUGCUGGAGCCGACGAUCAUGUUUCUAGCGUACAGUCGAUAUCGUCUGUGUGCGGAGCCUAUAGAGAAAUUCGAUCCGAAGAUUUGUAAUCAACACCUGCAGGAAUGUCUUAAUAUGACGCUCUGUUGCUACAAGGAAUUGGACGAUCAAUCUGAUCACAAGGAGUUCACUCUUCGAGAUUUGCAGCGACGUUGUUUCAUAGAGGCAUUAUACCAGCUGUUUAAUCUGGGCACACCGGAAGCGCUGGUUCGCGGUCUUACUUUGCCCGCCAAAGUGCGAGAGGAUGACACAUUUAAACUAGCUUUUGGCAUUUGUAUGAAUUAUCAUCGGGGGAAUCUGUAUCGUGUUAUUGUAGACUUGCCAAAAUUACCUCAUAUCCUUUGUGCUGUGGCUGCUUACAAACUGCAAAUCAUUAGAAGGCAUCUACUGGAGAUUUUUACGCAUGCCUACAACAACAAGCAAUUGACAGUGCCGACAGCGUACUUGUUGCGUUUGACGUUAGUAGACAAGACGCAGGACUUCGCUCAAUUGUGUCGUCAUUAUAAUAUUGCCUUGACGCCCGACAGCAAAGCGGUGCAUUUUAAUAAGACUGUUUUCAAUAGCGCGGCGGAAACAGUAAAAGCGCAACGAGAACCUUUUAUUGAGGCGAAACUACAGCGCAUUUAUCUGCCCGAAGUGUUGCUGUUAAAAAAAUUGUGGUUAUAAACCUGAUCUCUACCAGUUGCGUAUCGGAUAAAUAAAUAAAUAACAAUACUCAUUGCGCGGUAGGGCGGGCGAAAUGGCAACCCUAUUCGAAACCUAUCGUUAUCGAUUGCGAUUGUAAAUUGUACAAUAAAUAGAAUACGAAUUGUCUUAGAAGUCUGUGCUUACCUUUUAAUGUGUGUUAAUUUCACGCGUGGUAAGUUCUUCAAAAUUAGCUAAAAGUUUUUAAUUGCAUUUACAGCCCCCGGCUGGACGCUAAAACGGCGGCACACACUCAUAUGUAUACAUAAAGCGCGCGCAGGGUUGUAUUUUCGAUGCCGUCUCGUUCGGUCCGCUGUCAAACACUAACACCAACAAAAACUUUGGUACGCAAGAGAAAGUGCUUGAGCCAUUUUGGAAAAUACAAUUCCGCCAUAUUUACCGGCAAAAUUCAAAAUAUUUACAUUGUGCGACAACAUUUAGCAGAGCAUACGCACCAAUUGUGCAAUAAACGGGCAGUGUUUGAUCUCAACGAGAUCGCCAAACGCAACACAUUUAGCCAGACGAAACGUCUGACGCCGCUGCUGUUGCUGCUGCUGCCGUCGACGCAGCGCCCCACGCACCGAUGACAAUAGAAGCAAAAUAAAGUGAAGUAAAAGGAAGGCAAGAAAACAAGAACAAGAAGAACGUUGUGUUUUUUUGGAAACGCAAUUGGCCCCUGGCGGAGGCAGCAUAUAUACACACACCAACGAGCGCGCGCGCCUCACACACACAAGAGCAACGACGACGCACGCAGACACAUAAAAGCAACAAAACAACAAAAACAAAAAAAUAAAAGAAAGAACGUAAAAAAGAAGAGCAACAAACAAGACGUCAAC